AUCCGGGGCCUUUCGCCUAGUCCUUUGUGCUUUCUUUCUAUUCUUUUUUGCUUUCUUCUUGUUGUCCCCUCUUUCCUUUUCUCUGCUUCCUUUGUUCACUUCCGUUUUCCACGCGGGACCUUGGAGUUCUCACAGCUCUGUUCUACUGCUGUGGAACUCUGGCAGUGCCUGCUGGUGGCUUGCGUUCUCUGUUUUGAUUUACUUCCUGCAAGUGUGUUGUAUCUAGAAUUUUCUCUCCAUACGUGAUUUUGUUAGAGCUUAUUGUUUUCUUUCUGUAACGGUGGUGUCUUGCUCAUUCUCACCGAUUGUUUUUACUCUAACCUAGGUUAGACAAGCACUAGUGGACACUAUUCCACUUGAACUUGCAUCCUUUAUUUGCUGUGCAAUUUAUGGAUGUACUCUGGCAAUUGUGUGAAGGUGUUUGUUUUAGUUUUGCAUCUGCCAUUUUAUCCAUCCCAGAUGUCCUUAGUUGUUGAUCUGGAACUUCUUUCUGCGGCUUGCUCUUUUGUUCUGGAGUUUUCCUUUGACGGAAGAAAGUCAUUUGCAUAGAGCUCCUGUGUCACAAGGCUUCUGCCAAGACUGAUCCUAAUAAUGAACAGCAUUGAAGGAUCAUUCAACAUGAAGGGUCAUUGUGGUAUUGUUGAUCCAUGGGGCACUUUCCUCUUGUAAUAAUGUGGAGUGUGACUGUGCUGGUAACAGGUCUGUUUGUUUCCUUCAUUCUCCUUUGCAAGAGACACAUUUCAGUGUAUCGAUGGUUUGUUGAGCAUUGUGCCUGAGUGUGGUGAGCCUCCAUCUGCAUCAGAUCGUCAGUCAGAGUUGUGAUAGUAGGGAAGUCCAAAAGUGAUUGUGGAUUUUUCCUGUAUCCUUUCCAAAGCUGUAGUCUGUCCUUAUAAAGUCUUGCAAGUGCCUCUGUUGUUUCGUUUGGGAGAGGAGUGCAGGGCUGUUGCUGAGUGUGCUGGUGACCUCAGAGUGCUGACAGUGAUGUCCCUUUGGUGUGUCUCUCAUGCAUCAAGUGAAUGAUGCAAAGCAGUGAAUUUUUGUUUGGAAUGUUGGGAGCGGGGAUGGCUCAGGGUACUUCUGUAACACUUUUCUGUAGAGUGAGCACUCAAGAUGUUUUCAAUGAAAAUGGAUUGCUUUUUGCUUAGUUUAUUAUUUUUGUCAUUAUUUAUUGGAGGGACAUGUUUUGGGAUGUAACCUGUUUUGACUUCUGAUUGCCAUUUGUGGUUCUCAGAGGUGAUUGUAGGUCCUGGAGCUGUUAGUGCACGGGGCUGUGUUUAUUGGAGUUCUCCUGCAGCUGGACACGAGGCUUUCAUUGCUUGUGACGUUCUGUCCCAGACAGACAUCAGUGCCUCUUUUGAGUUGCCAUGUCGCAUUAUUGACUCUACAGAUCCUGUUAGUUGAUGGUGUGCUGCAUUUCCAGGUGGGCUGCUGAAUGUCAGGAAUUCGCAAAGGCUUGGUCUUGAGGCAGCAGUCCAGCAUGUAGUAUUCACCAUCAUUGGUCGUGAUUGCUAUAUUAUCAACUAUGGUUUCUUUUCAGAAAUUCUUUCCUCUUCUUCUUUCUUUAUUCUUUGAUGGAGAUGUGAUGCAAGGUGACAGUUGUGGCUGGAGAUAUUUCUGAUUGUAGACUUGUGUUUUGGCAAGAUGUAUUGAACUUCUAUUGAUGUUCUUUUAGUAUUUGCAUCAGUAGUUGUACCUUCACAAAGCGCCCGCGCCAUUUUUAAAACCAAAAGUUUAAAGGGCAUCCUUGGAAACCCACCUAUACAGUUCAGAUGACACAUAAAGAUGUCUUACUCGUUAAUAUUAGAAAUUCCUUUGCUUUGCUGUGUGUGGUGACUCCAUCAGAAUUUGCAGGAGCAUUGCAAAAUAUUGAGGGUUGUCCACAGAAGGUCCGCCAGGCUCUGUGUGUGUGUGACGCUGUUUGUUUGGUGUGGUUGGACUUCUUUCUCUGAUUGGUGGGAUGGUUCAGGGAAGGGCAGUGUCAACGCUGGAUCGGGAAGGGGAGUAGAAGCUGGAACAGAGGCUGCUUGUCUUCUGUAUCCAUUGUUCAGAGUGGAGUUUGGAGGUUACCAGGGGCCGUGAGAGAUGGGAGGCCUUCCAGAUGUGGCGGCUGUUCAUUGUGUUGACGUGACUGCACGGCACUGUCUUUGGAUGUUCUGAAUGUGUGUCUCUCUCUGUAGUCAUGAAUCCCUUCGGCUCCUCUUGGCUUUCCUUAACUGACUGUAGUUAAUUGUGUCAUGUCUGAGUAAUGGAUGAGUGAGAUCCCAGGAGAGUUCUAUGAUGUCCUGUGUGUUUUGGCGCUUGUGCGUGAGGCUGAAUGUGAGUGAGGUGAGACUGCUGAUAGCCUCAUCCUUUCAAGGUGUGAUGAUGUCCAAAGAAGAGAAUUCAACACCUUCCCUGUCCUGCGGCUCUGUAGCUUCCACGUUAAUAUUUCAAUUUCUGUAUCCUCUUGGUUUUCCUUCCUGGACUCAUUCUGCACUGUAGUCCUGUUUUGGAAGCAAUGUGCAGUCUGGCCUUUCAAUUUUCUCUUUCCAAGCAUGAGCACUUGCUGCUCAGGUCGAAGGAGUCACCAAGAUGGAGUAUUGUGAAAUGAAGUCCAUUUUUUUCUUCCAUAUUUUAAGAUGCUGUAUUCUUGUUGGUGGCCACAGUCGUGAAGCUGUGUUCACUCCCCACAUCUCUGCUUUGGGCAAACCAUGCUGGUGUCUACCGAGUUCGUGUCAUCAGAAACAGAGUUCUCCUUUUUGCUGAUCCAUCAUACAAAUAGUCCUGAUAUGUGGAUUUCAUUGGCACGUGUGGGUGUUUCUUUUUUCACUCUUAUCACUUUAAUACCACAAGGAGUUUUCGGAGAGGAUGGCGUAGCACAACCAUACUGUGUGUUCUAUUUCCAUGCAUGAUAUUAGCAAUUUGAAAUGGAGACUUAUGGAAUAAUAAACAAAGGUAGAACAAGUACUGAAAGAACAGUUUUUCCACGCUAGGCAAAUGCUUGUUAAAGCGGGAAACUGUAGAGGAUGUUGCAGCGUUGUUUCAAUGUAUGCUGUGGUGCCAGGCUUUCUUGUCUCCCAUGAGUGCAGAUAAAAAGAAUGUGAUUAUUUCUGUGUGCCUUAAAAGAUGUUGUUGCAAAGGGUUAAGCAAUUCCUCCCACCAAAUGCUGUCUUCCGCUUUGGCAUCUGCCUGAUGUAGGAAAUGUGUUUGGAAAUGGGAUGUGAGAUGCAGAAUGCUGCCUACUUCUAGAUGGAGGUUUCCUCCAAGUUUUGGGAAUGUUACUCACAGCCGUGCCAGUACUAAUGCUACAAGCUGUAAGAAGUCAGAUGUAAUUCUGCUUAUAGUUUCCACAUGAAGUUGCUUAGUAGGUGCAGAACAUUCAGAGAGCAGUUGCUGUUGUUGUGAAGAGGCUGGCAGACUGUGUGUGCUUCUGCAGCUACCCAGCUGUUGGUGCUGUCAGUGAUGAGGGAAGGUGAAGGUGUGUGCAUCCAUGGGUCGUGAUGAGGGUGGGGCGUAGAGCCGUGUGCAGGCAGUGGGGUGGAUCAGUGUGCAUGUGUUGUGAUAGCCAUCAUGUGAGCAGCACCAAGUGUGGCCUGGCUGUUUGAUCCUGGGAGUUUUUAGCAGUGAAGAGUCUUGUGUGAGGGAAGUGAUGAUGCUUGGUAGAUUAAAUGGUGAAUCGAUCACCAAGAACUGGAAAUGCUUGACUGGAGUUUGUAUUUGCCCUGGCCUGAGAUGGAGGUUGCAAGAAUUAAUUGUGGAGAAGAGGCGAAGUACACUGUAUUGCCUGGCCUGCUUUCUCUGAAUACCUCCAGAAUUUCAUCUGUUAGACAGUAUCAUGAAAGGUCUUGAGUCAUUCCUUCUGUCAUUGUUCCUUGCACUAUGUGUUUGAAUUGACUCUCUGCUGUUUUCCUUGGGCAUCUGCUUUUCAUUAUAUAGAGAAAAAAACAGAAAGGUGAGCAGCACAGUGAUAUUGUCUUCACCGGGUCAUGGGGAGGCCUUCCACCAAGUGACAGUUGACUGCAAGGCCAUCUGUGAGGUGUGAUGAGCCUCACUGUUGUCUUAGCCGUUGGAUUCUGUGUGUCAUCACUCGCUGUAGUUGCAGCAUUCCUGCUUGAGAAGUCAUCUUCCUAACGUGCCUUUAUUCACCUGUGUUUGAAUGAGGAAUGAUGUUUUUCAUACAUGAAUUUUUCCCAAUGUUGAUGAUUCUAGCUGAGUUCUUUGUACCCUGUGAUCUUCUGUCUGCUGAUAUUUCUCCUCUGGUUGGGAAGAAGCUCUCAUGUAUGUUAAAGAGGCAAACAGUGUGUUUAGCUGUAGUGCAUUGGGACCUUUCUGUUUUCUUGUCCUACUUUAUGAAUCUCACUCAGCAUUUUUUCUUCUCUCACACUGGAAAUACAUUGCUGAGAGAGGAUGAGAUGUAGUGUGCUGGCUUCUGGCUGCUGUCAGAUGGCGCCCCUUUGAGCAGCUGACCACGAGUCUGGGGUUGGAUUUUCUACAUUUGUGAUCUCAGGUUGUGAUGGAGUGAAUGUCGUUAGCUUUCAGGUCUCCCUGUUGCGUCCAUUGUGAUAGAUGUGUGCCAGGGAGCACUGUGCACUGAUCAGUGAUAGUGUUCUUUUUCUUAAUAGGGAGCAACUAUGGCAGCCAUACUAAAGGUAAGUUGUUCAUGUUAAAGAACAUGCGGUCAGCAGACGACUGUGCAUUUUCUCACUGUGUUGUUGGGGUAUUUUUAUGUUGGAGAGUUUAUUCUUGUCUUGUGCCAUGUAUUGGUUUUAGCCUUCUGGUAAUCACAUCUAUACCAGUUCAGGUAAAAUGGAAAUUCAUAGAAGAAAAGCGAUACAUCCCUAUAUUUUGACUUUGAACUCAUGUGGUACAAAUCAAACCCCACUGGCAUCAAGGAGUACAUAUGGAUCUGGACUCCAGGCAUCAUUACUGUUCCACGGUAGCCUGACAGUCUUUGGAUCUAAAGUGGCAGAUUUACGCAUGGACCAGUGGUAAGUUGGAGAUGAAACCAAAGAGAAGCAUGUUGCUUGAGCCUUGGGCCAUCUUUGAUGUUAUGAGCUGUAAAACAUGAGGAUGUGAGUUGCUCACUGCCUUGGCCUGACUGCUGCUGUUGUGCAGUGCUGUAAGCAAGGGUUGUCAGAAGAGAGCUGUGUAGGUAGGUGGUGUUUCUUUUUUUCCUGUAGUUUCAGUGACAGGGCAGAGAAGAAUGGUAAAGUUUAGCUUCUGGGUCCAGCAUGCUUGUCCACCAACAUGUGUGCAGCAAAUCUGAGGACAAAUUGAAAUCUUACAUGCACAUAAAAAAGGAUAAUCCACAGAGACCAAACCCAAAAUAUCAACCUGAUCUUGUCUGAAGGAAACAUCUUGAAAAUCAGAGUGUGUUUGCAUUUCUGCCCACCCAUGCCCAGUGAGCACUUCACAACAAUGUCCCUUUAACUCGAUGCUGUUCAUCCAUAUGUAGUGAGAGAUCUGGCAGAAGUGACCACCAAACCACUCUCUGUCAUGUGUGAAAGGUUUCUAGCUGCUGGAUUCACUUUCACUCAGCAUCUUCUUUACUUAUCUGGAUGAAGGCAUUGACUCUACUCUCAGAAAGUUUGCUGAUGAUACAAAGCUGCUAACAGAGUCUGACUCAGCGGAAGGCUGUGCUGUCACUGAAGGAGACCUGGACAGACUGUCAAGUUGGGCAUAGGGGAACGUGAAGAGGUUCAACAUGAGCAAGUCUAGAGUCUUGCAUGUGGGAGGAAUGCUUCAAAAUGCAUUUGGAGGUGAUCUGCUGGAGAGAAGCUGUGCAAAGCUGAGCAAUCUCUGUGCAGGUGGCCACCAGUUUGGUCAUGAGCACUAGGUUGCAUUAAAAGGAACGUGGCCAGCAGGUUGAGGGAAGUGAUCCUUUCCCUCUGCUCUGCCCCUGGAGCACUGUGUCCAGUUCUGGGCUCAGCAGUUCAAAAAAGGCAGGGACCUCCUAGAAAGAGUCCUGCAGAGGAUGACUAAGAUGAUCAUUGGCAUGGAGCAUCUCCAGUACACAGAAAGCCUGGAAGACCUGGCUCUGCUCAGCAUGGAGAAGAGAAGGCUGAAGGGGAAUCUCAUCACUGUUUUUAAACAUCUAAAGCGUGACAGACAGGUCAAUGGGGUGGACAGUUUUUGUUGGUGAGCAAUAAUAAACAAAUGGCAAAGCUGACAAACUGGAACAUAAGGAAGUUCCAUUCAAACAUAAGGAUGAACUUAUUUAUUGUCAGAGUGACAGAACUCUGGAACAGGCUCCCCAGGGAGGUUAUGGAGUCUCCUUCUCUGGAGAUACGAAAGACACGUCUGGAUGCUUACCUGCACAAUCUGCUGUGGGGAACCUUUCAAAGCAUGGGGGUGGACUCAGUGAUCUCAAGAGGUUGCUUAGAAACCCAUCAAUUCUGUGAUUCCCUGAUUCUAUGCCCGUGAGUGGAAGAAUCUCUUUCCACGUGCCUCUUUGUGCUGCAUCCUUGCAAGACAGACAGCAACAGGCUGCGGAUCACUGCUUCACAGUGGGUAUGGAACAAGUGAUUGUUGAGGGUAUUUUGCAGUGAGAAAUGUCUUGAAAGACACUUGAAUAGAGCAUGGUUCUACAACAACAGAACAAUGAUCUCAAUAUUCGUAUGAUGAGCCCCACAAACCAACGAAUUCAUUCAAUACAUUUCAUGUCUCAGCCAUUUCAAUUGGAAAACGGGUGUGAAUGAAGAAUUGGUGACUCGUUGCAUUCCAAGGAUAUGUACUUGUGCUGAAUGAGAACACUGAAGGUUAUGGAGGAUUCGUCUUCGGGGGGACAAAAAAAAAUAAAAACAAAAAAAAGGAAGAAAGAAAAAAAAGUUAAAAGAAGUAAACUGAUGUGUGUAAGGAAUGGAACAUAACGAAGUCGUAUGCAAUCCAGCGUGAGACGCAGAGAAGCACAGAGGCAAUUCCGUUCGCGAGCCACAUGAUGGCGCUGUGAGCUAAGGAACGCGCGAUGCGAUGCGAUGCGAUGCGUUGCGAUGCGAGGAAGGGAGGGGAACACCUUCCGGUGCCCAUGGCAAAGAAGGCAGAGCGAGAGCGAGCGGCGGGGAGGAGGAGGCGCGUCCCGUGAGGAAGGAUUGUGUCGGCGAGCGCGGGCGGAGGGUUUGGAGCAGGCGGGUCGGGAGGUGCGCGGCGCGGAGAAGGAGCGGUGCGGCGGCGUAGAGGGCGAUGGUCGGCGGUGGAGCGGCGCGGCGGAGCUGGGGGGCCGCGGUGCUGGUGCUGCAGGCGGCCUGGGCGCUGGGCGGCGGUCCGGUGCGCUACUCGGUGCCGGAGGAAGCCGAGGCCGGCACGGUGGUGGGGCGCCUGGCGCAGGACGUGGGCCUGGAGGCGGGCGAGGCGGAGGCGCGGCGUCUGCGGCUGGUGUCGCGGGGCGGGAGGGCGAGCGUGGAGGUGAGCGGGGCGAGCGGGGCGCUGGUGGUGAGCUCGCGGCUGGACCGGGAGGAGCUGUGCGGGAAGAGCGCGCCGUGCGUCCUGCGGCUGGAGGUGCUGCUGGAGCGGCCGCUGCGCGUCUUCCACGUGGAGGUGGAGGUCACCGACAUCAACGACAAUGCCCCGCGCUUCCCCGCCGCCUCCAAAAACAUCAGCAUCGCGGAACUGUCGGUGCCCGGGUCGCGUUUCCCGCUGGAGGGCGCAUCGGAUGCGGAUAUCGGAUCGAACGCGCAGCUCUCGUAUACACUGAGCCCCUCCGAGCACUUCGCUUUGGAUGUGCAACGAAACGAUGAUUAUUUGGAAUCCUUAUUCUUGGUGCUGACGAACCCGUUGGACCGGGAGUCGCAGUCGGAGCACCGCUUGGUGCUGACGGCGAGUGACGGGGGCAGGCCGGCGCUGACGGGCACGGUGCAGCUGCUGAUCUCGGUGCUGGAUGCGAACGACAACGCGCCGCAGUUCAACCAGUCGGUGUAUAAAGUGCAGCUGCCGGAGGACGCGGCGGAGGGGACGCUGGUGGCGCGGGUGGCAGCCACGGACCCGGACGAGGGAAUUAAUCAGGAGUUUUCCUUCAGCAUCGUCGGAUCUGUUCCUGCAUCUCAGAAAGAUGCAUUCAGCAUUGAUCCGCGGACGGGGGAGAUCCGGCUCCGAGGACUGCUUGAUUAUGAGGCAGUGCAUUUACACGAGUUGCAAAUCGAGGCGAGAGAUAAGGGGACGCCUCCGUUGUCGGGCCACUGUAAGGUGGUGGUAGAGGUGCUGGACGUGAACGACAACGUGCCCGAGGUGUGGGUGACGUCGCUGUCGGUGCCGGUGCCCGAGGACGCGGCGCUGGGGACGGUGGUGGCGCUGCUGAGCGUGUCGGACCGGGACUCGGGUCCGAACGGGCGGGUGCGGUGCGCGGUGGUGCCGGCGUCGCCGUUCGGGCUGGUGGCGACGUUCGCGGGCUCGUACUCGCUGGUGCUGCGGGAGGCGCUGGACCGGGAGCGGGUGUCGGAGUACGAGGUGGAGGUGCGGGCGGAGGACGGCGGGGCGCCGCCGCUGCGCGCCAGGCGCGGGCUGCGGGUGCCGGUGUCGGACGUGAACGACAACGCGCCGGCGUUCGCGCAGGCCGUGUACACGGUGCUGGCGCGGGAGAACAACGCGGCGGGCGCGGAGCUGGCGCGGCUGUGGGCGCGGGACCCGGACGAGGCGGGCAACGGGCGCGUGAGCUACUCGGUGUGGGAGGGCGGCGCGGGGAUGGGCGCGGGCUCGGGCUCGGGCUCGGGCUCGGGGUGGCGUCCGGCGUCGAGCUACGUGUCGGUGGAGGCGGAGAGCGGGCGGCUGCGGGCGCUGCGUCCGCUGGACUACGAGGAGCUGCAGGUGCUGCAGUUCGAGGUGCGGGCGGUGGACGCGGGGGAGCCGCCGCUGUGCGGCAACGCCACGGUGCAGCUGUUCGUGGUGGACGAGAACGACAACGCGCCGGCGCUGCUGCCGCUGCCGCUGGCGGGCGGCGGGCCGGGGCCGUGGUCUGCGGGCGAGGCGGCGGAGCCGGCGUGGCGGGCGGCGGGCUCGGCGGGCUCGGCGGGUUCUCCGGGCUCGGCGUCGUCGUCGUGGUCGCUGUGGGCGCGGGCGGCGCUGGGUGCUCCGGCGGGGCAGGUGGUGGCGAAGAUCCGCGCGGUGGACGCGGACUCGGGCUACAACGCGUGGCUGCGCUACGAGCUGCGGGAGCCGCGGGGCGAGGGCCCGUUCCGCGUGGGGCUGUACAGCGGCGAGGUGAGCACGGCGCGGGCGCUGGAGGAGGCGGACGGCCCGCGGCAGAGGCUGCUGAUCGUGGUGCGGGACCACGGGGAGCCGCCGCGCUCGGCCACGGCCACGCUGAGCGUGUCGCUGGUGGAGGGCGCCGAGGCGGCGCUGGCGGCGGCGGGGGCGGGGGCGGUGUCGGCGGGGGCGGGGCCGCGGGCGGCGGCGGGCGCGGAGGGCGGCUCUGCGGCGGCGGCGGCGGCGGCGGCGACGAACGUGUGGCUGGUGGCGGCCAUCUGCGCGGUGUCGAGCGUGUUGGUGCUGGCGGCGGUGCUGUACGGGGCCGGGCGCUGUGCGCCGCGGGCGGCCGUGCCGGCGGGGCCCGGGCCGGCGACGCUGGUGUGCGCCAGCGAGGUGGGCAGCUGGUCGUACUCGCAGCGCCAGAGCCGGAGCCUGUGCGUGGCCGCGGCCGCGGACGGCGCGGGCAAGAGCGACCUGAUGGUGUUCAGCCCCAACUGCCCGCCGCCGCCCGGCCCCGCGCCGAAGGAGACACCGCACGAGCCGCCCUCUCUGCUCGACACGCCAAAACACCCCAAUCCUGACUGGCGCUACUCUGCGUCCCUAAGGGCAGGAAUGCAAAGUGCUGUGCAUCUGGAGGAGGCAGGAAUCUUACGUGGAGGACCAGGAGGGCCUGACCAGCAGUGGCCAACAGUCUCCAGUGCUACUCCAGAACCUGAGGCAGGAGAGGUGUCCCCCCCAGUGGGAGCUGGUGUGAACAGCAACAGCUGGACCUUUAAAUUUGGACCCGGCAAUUCGAAGCAAGGUGGUCCUGGUGAGUUGCCAGACAAAUUCAUUAUCCCAGGAUCUCCUGCAAUCAUCUCCAUCCGGCAGGAGCCACCAAACAGCCAAAUUGACAAAAGUGACUUCAUAACCUUUGGCAAGAAGGAAGAGACCAAGAAAAAGAAGAAAAAGAAGAAGGGAAACAAGACUCAGGAGAAAAAAGAAAAGGGCAACAGCACCACUGAGAACAGUGACCAGUGAGGGGUUUAUAAUGAAAGAACCCCCUUAGCCAGUUUUUGUAAUAAUGGCAGAUUUCUCCUAUGUAGCAACUCCCAAUUUCUUCCUCCUGUUAACAAAUUUCCUGUACGUACAGACUUCAGAAAAUCCGCAGGAAAUUCAUGGUGUCUGUCUAAAUUGCUUAACAGGUUUUGUCUUGAAAAGCUUUAUUAAGUCUGGUGUUAACUCUUUUUCUCCACUCUGGCUUGUUUUCAGAAUCUAAAAAGCAGACACAAGUUUCCUUUCUCCUACGCCGAAAAGGAGAAUCUUCACAGUACAGCCAGUGAGAGGUUGGACUCUCUGCACUGUGGUUCCUGUGCUCCUGUCUUGAUGACACUUACAGGGCAGGUUUAAAAGUUUUAAUAUUGUGCACCCUCUAUCUGAUUGGAAAUCUUUGUGUGCAGAUGUCAGCUAGGUGAUAAGAAACCAGGUUGUAAGAUGCAAGAAGAGCUGGUAAAUACGCAACAGAGGAAAUACCUAACAAACUUACAUGUUCAGAGAUGUUCAGGCUGGGGAGGAAAUGUCUGAAAGGUGACCAGACUUUUCAAACUUUGAGAAGUCACUGUGUGGGAAUACUGAGUCAUACACAUGACGUAUUGUACACACUCCUACAAAGAAAACCUCACAUUUACAGCUCUUUAAGAUACCAUAAAUGUUAUCUUUUUACCAAGCAAGCCAUUGGGAACUUGUCCCUGGGAGCCCUGCAUUACCCCAGCAAGGCCCUAAUGCUGUAGGGAGGGCUGGGCUGACAUCCCGGUAUGUGACUGACUGUGAUGCUCUGUGUCCCUGUUGCCACUCUUUGAUUAUUUUGCACAUUUUGUCUCUGAAAAGGUCAGAGUUUUUCCACGACACUUAUGCAAAAAGAGAGAAAAAAGAAAUGUUAACUAUGCUGUUUGUUAUCUGAGAUAUUUAUUUAUAAAGAAAUAUAGCUGUAAAUGUUAUAGAAAUAUGAUGCCCUUUAACCCAAACAGAAGUCAAUCUAGAGCCAUUAUAAAUUAAAAUUGCUGCUACUAAAGUGCUUUAGAAAAAUUGCCUGAGACAUCUGUAUUAUAUCGGCCACUUGCCAAUAACAGCUUUAUUCUGUCGGGUCACUUGGGGGCUGCCUCUUGCAUGUUAUUAAUGAAUACAUGAAUUUAAUUUUUUUGCAUUAAUCUGCACUUUGAAUACACCUUUGCAAACAAACUGUCCUAAUAUGAAGAAGCAGAAGCGAACUCCUCACGCAAAUGGAUUUACUAACCUGCUAGUUCUGUGCAGUACCUUGGUGUUACCUCCUACACACCCCUUUUCUGACUUUAAUUUUACUUUUUCUAUGAGAUUAUGAAUUUCUGACCCUAUUAACACUUAUUAUGUAAAAUUCAAGUACUGUAUGUAUGCUGUAUGCUCUUAUAAGAAUCCUGAAAUAUUUAUUCUGUGCUUGUGUAUGUGAAUGUCAAUGCAACUAUUAUUAGAGUGGAC